AUGUCUGAACCAAUUGUUGAAGCCGCUAGUGAACCAGUUAUUGAAGCUGUUACUGAACAAGUUGUUGAACCAGUUCUUGAAGCCGUUGCUAGUUCUGAUCCAAACCCUUUGAUUGUUUUUGCCACAGUUGCAACUAUUAUUUCCACAUUUAUUGUGUUGUACUUCUUUAAACAAUCCCAAAAGAAUAAACCAGUUUUAAAACCAGAUGAAUUCCAAAACUUCCCAUUGAUUGAAAAAACCAAAGUCAGUCACAACUCUGCCAUUUACAGAUUUGGUUUACCUAAACUGACCGAUAGAUUGGGCUUACCAAUUGGUCAACACAUUUCCAUUGGUGCUGUCAUCAAUGGUAAAGAAAUUGUUAGAUCUUAUACUCCAAUCUCCACUGAUGAUCAAUUAGGUCAUUUCGAUUUGUUGAUCAAGACUUAUGAAAACGGUAACAUUUCUAGACAUGUUGGUGACAAGAAUGUUGGCGAACACGUUCAAAUUAGAGGUCCAAAAGGUUUUUUCACUUAUACUCCAAAUAUGGUUAAAAGUUUUGGUAUGAUUGCCGGUGGUACUGGUAUUGCUCCAAUGUAUCAAAUUAUCACUGCUAUUUUGAAAAAUCCAGAAGAUAAGACCAAAAUCCACUUGGUUUAUGCUAAUGUUACUGAAUCUGACAUCUUGUUAAGAGAAGAAUUGGACAAUUUCGCUACUAGACACGCAGACCAAUUCAAGAUUCACUAUGUUUUGAAUGAAGCUCCAGCUAAUUGGGAAGGUUCUGUUGGUUUUGUUACUCCAGAGAUUAUUGAUACUCAUUUACCAAAAGCUAGUGGUGAAACCAAUUUGUUGUUGUGUGGUCCACCACCAAUGGUUAGUGCUAUGAAGAAAGCCGCUGUCGGAUUAGGUUUUGAAAAGGCUAAACCAGUUUCUAAAUUGGGUGAUCAAGUCUUUGUUUUCUAG